AUGUCGGCUACAACUGAUGAAGUUUGUUUUCGAGUGUGUCGAAUUUAUCGGGACUUAUUUUAUUUAAAAUACAUCUGGGUGCCAGGGACCACGACAAUUCAAAGACUAAAAGAGGAAAUAUGUGUACAACUUUGUUUAGCUAUUGCAUCGACAGACGUAACAUUAACAUUAUUUGAUAAAACUAAAAAUGUCUGGAUUCCAAUCGAUGAAACCAAUAUUAAUAGAACAAUCACUGAUUUUCAAUAUCCAUGUUUCUCUAUUCUAAACGUAGAAAACCAUAAAAAAAUCAAAGAAAACCCGAAUUUAACUUCAGAUAUUAGGAACAACGAUUUCAAAUUGCGACUUUGCAAGCGUCCAAUGGAUAGGUCUGAUCUGAUCGACCUCUUUCUCCCAUCGACAAUGACUAUCAAUCAAUUAAAGAAGGAAAUGCGAACGCACGUUACAACUGGUAGAACAAAUCAUCUUUACGUAUGGAUGAAUCAUAGUUGGACUAAAUAUGAACUAAACCUUGAUGACGUUACUCUGGCUGAAUUGGAUUUUGUUCCACGUACAAUCAUUAGUUUUGAACCAGAAGUUGAUCUUGUUCCUGGUGUAUGCGGACUGACAAAUCUAGGCAAUACUUGCUUCAUGAAUAGUGCCCUUCAAUGUUUAAGCAAUAUACCUGAAUUCACUCAACAGAUUUUAUCUUUCAAUGAUGAAAUGAAUGCUCCGAUUAUUGGUGCAUAUUCGCAAUUAAUCAAAAUGAUCUGGUCUGGCGAUUAUGCUGUUGCCACACCAUCGUCAUUACUGAUAGAUGUGCGCGAAUGUCUUCCACGAUAUUCAUCCUAUAAACAACAUGAUGCUCAAGAAUUUAUGAAUUAUUUUCUACAUUUGAUACACCAAGAACUAACCAAUAGUGUUACACUAAUUACAGACUUAUUUUAUGGUCAGAUUCGAUCUACUAUUCGGUGUUCAGGUGGGUGUGGUUCUGCAGAGAUCAAUGAAGAAAAUUUCAGUUUUUUGCCGUUGCCGGUUGAAGAUGACAGUGAUCAGUAUCAUGUUCUAUACCUGAAAAGUAACGGUGAACAAGCGGUGAUCACUUUUCAAAGUUCUACAAGAACAAUCGGAGGAUUAGUGGAAUCGUUCAUCGAACACUGUAAGUUAAAUGUGCCAGCUCAACGAAUUCAAGCUGUCCAAAUAAUAAACAAUAGGAUUGUAAAAAAAUUUCAAUCUGAUGAUUCACUUCGUAGUACAAUUAAACAUCAAAUGGCCUUUAUUGAACUCCAAGAGAAGUCUGUUGAUCAAAAAUAUAUGGAGUUUCAAUUCCUCGAUCGAAAAACCUACGUACCCUUUCGACCACCGGUUUACAUUAUUCGUCCGCUUUUUGGUUGUCAUUACUCAGAUCUAUCACAGCAAAUCCAACAGAUCCAACAGCAUCUCUCUUUGGCAACUAAUGCUCUGCCAGAUGCUCUAAAUAAUCUCUAUUGGAUUAGUGAUUCCAAUAGUGUAAAUAGACUGACGUUGAAUUCAGAUAGAAACGAACCUUUUCUAUUUUUGCAUCACAUUACCAUUGAAAUGGAUUUAUCAUGGAUUCAACAAUAUCAAAAGCGUUAUAAACUCGACCUCCCACAAAACAAUUUAUCCUUGAAUGAUUUGCUCACCAGUUUCUUUCGUGAAGAUCCACUCAAUGGUGAUUACUACUGUUCACAUUGUCAGAUUCUUCAAAAAGCUCGACAAAAAUCCGAUUUACUUCUCCCGCUGCCCCGUGUAUUAAUCAUUCAACUGAAACGAUUUACUUACGAAGCCUAUUCCAACAGAAAAAUCGAUACAUACAUCGACUUUCCACUCGAAAAUCUCGAUCUCAGCCCAUAUGUCACUUCAGAUAAUAUAAAUCAAAACAUUACAUCAUCAUCAUUAUACGAUUUAGUUGCCGUAUCCAAUCAUACGGGCACACUUUUCAGCGGGCAUUAUACAACCUAUGCCAAAAACAGUAGAAACUACUCGUGGUACUCAUUCAACGACGAAACAACGCGUCAAAUCACAGACGUAAGAGAAGUUGUGACAAAAAAUGCUUAUAUACUCGUUUAUGUCAAACGAACUGUUGCAUAA